UGGGACUGAGCUCCCCCCGACCCCCACCCGCUCGCCGCCACCAUGAACACCAACGUGUGCGUGGAGAGCGGCCCCAACCCCGAGGCGCCGGGGCUGCCCAAGGACAGCCACCUGCCCGAGGGGGCCCUCAACAGCCUUGUGGAUUACAACUCGGAGAUGGAGAGGUACCGCUCCUUCGCCACCUUCUACAAGACCAACGGCGGCGCCUUCCCGCAGGCGGCCAAGAUCGCGCGCAUCACCACCCCCAUCUUCCCCAGCGCCGCCGCCGCCGCCGCCGCCCGCAUCGGCAUGUCCCCCUGGAACUGCGACACCGCCGCCGCCGCCGCCACCGCCAUGCUCUGGGGCAGCGGCGGCGGCGGCGGCGGCGCGGCGGGCGGCGCGAGGAAGCCCUCCUCCUCCUCCUCCUCCGCCGCCGUCGCCGCCGCCUCCGCGGCCGCCGCCGCCUCCUCGCUGCACGCCGGCAGGGGCGGCAUGCACCACCGGAGCGACUCGCAGCGCCUGGGCAAGCCCGGCUGCGCGCCGGCCGAGCAGCCCGCGCUGCCUAUGGCCAACGGCAACUUCCUCUCCGGCUUGGCCCCCGAGCACUGCCGGCCACUGGCGGGCGAGUGCAUGAACAAGCUCAAGUGCGGCGCCGCCGAAGCCGACAUCAUGAACCUCCCCGAGCGCGUCGGCACCUUCUCGGCCAUCCCGGCGCUGGGCGGCCUCUCGCUGCCACCCGGGGUCAUCGUCAUGACGGCCCUGCACUCCCCCGCCGCGGCUUCGGCCGCCGUCACAGACAGCGCCUUCCAGAUCGCCAACCUGGCGGACUGCCCGCAGAGCCACGCCUCGGCCGCCCCCGCCUCCGCCCUGGGCGCCGCCGCCGGCGCGGGGGGCGGCGGAGGAGGAGGCGGCGGCGGCGGCGGCGGCGGGGGGGCCGGCGGUGGUGGCGGAGGUGGUGGCGGCGGAGGAGGAGGCGCCGGGGCCGGGGCCGGGGCGGGCAACCCCGCCAAGAAGAAGCGGAAACGCUGCGGGGUGUGCGUGCCCUGCAAGCGGCUCAUCAACUGUGGAGUCUGCAGCAGUUGCAGGAACCGCAAAACGGGACACCAGAUCUGCAAAUUUAGGAAAUGUGAAGAGCUUAAGAAAAAACCUGGCACUUCGCUAGAGGUCAGAGGAGAUGAUUUCUUUUUCCCCAGCCUCCCGCCGUCCCUCCUCAACCCCCUGCCCCCGCCCCUGCAGUGCUUCUUGUCUAGCUUCAAGAUGCAGCACCCGUUCUCCGAAGCCUCCUUCAGGCUCUGAGGGUGCUCCCGCCGCCGGCGCGGCCCCGCGCCCGCCG